AAACUGGAGAUGCAACUUACAGGUGGAGAAUCAAAUGACUGGGACAAUAUGAGGGGACUGCUGAGAGGUUUCCUAGGAAAGAGAAGACAUUGCCCCUCCAAGGGACAAAACGACACCCAUCAUGUCUCGUACAAGGAGUUUAGGAGGCGGAUCAUUCAGAGGAGCAGCAGUGAGGGUCCUGCAGAGAGUACACCGCUGGACACUGGGCGGCAGUGUGAGCCCAGCUUUGAGUUUGAUACAGUCUGUCAGAGACUGGAGCUGGAUUCUCCACCGAGACACCACGAACAAGCACAGAGAGUCCUACAUGGAAACCUUCAAGAGAAAGCAUUGGUGGGAGGCAUGUCCCACUGUGGGGCUGUCACACCAGGCACCUUCACUGCCAGGGGACAGCUUGCCACAGAAAGCCCCCAGAACAGGUUUGUUCAAGGAACUUGUACCUGUGCCACUGGAUGGGUGUGGAGAGCUGCAGUUCAAGAACAUGAAAAUGCUCAACAGGCUGGUUCUGAUGAAAAAAGACAUAUUUUGCAGCCGUUUGCUAUUCUGGACAAACCUUCCUUCAGUCAGCAGGGAAAAUCUGUGAUAAAGUUGGCAGCACCGUCACUGCUGAACGACUACUAUGCUAAUCUUCUCGACUGCAGUUGUAAUGGUAUGAUUGCAUUAGCCCUUGGCUCUUGUGUUUACCUUUGGAAUUCAGAAACUCAUGGUCUGGCGGGAUAUUUGGACCUGAGACCACGACCAGGGCAAGCGUACCAUCAGAUGCAGUCCAUCUCGUGUCUGAGCUGGAGCAGAGAUGGCAGAGCUCUGUGCCUUGGGACCAGGCGAGGGGAGAUACAGUUGUGGGAUGUUGAACACAAGCAGAAUAUGAGGUGUCUGCCAUCACACCUGUCUGUGGUCAGAGCUCUUGCCUGGAAACAGCAGUUACUCAGCAGCGGCUCUGUUCUCGGACAUAUCCAUCACCUUGACCCUCGGGCUCCUACACCUCUGGUGGGCGCAGCCGUCCAGAAGGAGGGGAUCUGCAGCCUCCAGUGGUCACCGGGAGACGACUGGCUGGCCAGCGGCUCCACAGAAGGCCACCUCCGUAUAUGGGAUAGUGACAUCACAAGGUCACGUCAGCCAAUCAGUACGAUGAAACAGCCCAGCGCUGUUAAGGCAAUGGGAUGGUGUCCAUGGCAGAGAAAGAUGAUCGCCACAGGAGGUGGAUGGAAAGAUGGAGAGUUGAGAAUCUGGGACACAGAUUCGGGGACUUGUGUGACUUCCGCCAACACAAAUUCUCAGAUCUGUUCUCUACAAUGGGCUGAAAAGAAGAAAUAUCUGGUCACAGGUCACGGUCUUCCUCAUCACCAAGUUAACUGCUGGUCCUGGGAAUUUCCCUCUCUCACCCCCAUCUACCAGCUUGCAGGUCACUCUCAUCGAGUCCUGCACUUGGCCAUAAACCCUGACAGCACACACAUUUUCUCUGCUGGAGCGGACCAGCAGUUUCACAUCUGGGACAUCUGUGCAUUUAUAUGUACUUCUAAAUUGGAAACGUGAAAACCAGAAAACCAGAAGAACCAGCAGAUAGGAUCAUCAUUAAACUUACGUUGUAUAAUGCACGAUUUGAGGGUUACGCUGUGUAACGCUAAUACAAUAAACAUAUUGUGAUAAUAUAUUGUGAUAAUCAAUCAUACAAACAAAUAAAUGAAACUCAGCAUCUAAAUGUCGCCACUGUGUAUCUGUCUGCAAACAUCCGCACGACCAAAAUCCAUAAAGCUAGCGCCUUUUAUAUAAAGGGCGCUACAUAAAGCUAAGCCAAAGCCACACCUAGU